UAAAGUUUGCAAAGCAUGAAGGGUUGGUUUGAUGCAUUUCGAGACGAUGGUGGACCCACACUAUAUUCAUUUUCAAAUCGCACACCCGUAACGGGUGAUGUAUCCAUUGUUGCCGUAUCUGUAUUAUUUGCAACAUUCUAUGUUGCUUUCUUAGUUAUAUUUCCAGGUGUAAGAAAACAGGUGAGUCUGUUUGAAUUGUUAAUUUGCUUGUUACUUUUUCCAUUAAUAUUUAUGAGGAUAAUAAUCACAAGACUCGGUUCAGCAUGGCAUGUUGCACAUACAACAAUUAUAGCACCAUACAAAGCAUUCUCGCGUGAGAAAUUACCAGCUCGCAUAGGAACCCAUAUUGGUUUAAUGCAUGUCAAUGUUACAUUGACGGCAAUACCCGUUGGCAACUGGACCCCACCCGACAUUGAUUACAAUGAACGUUUCACAUGGGAGGGUGCCACCGAUAUGAGUAACAAUUAUCGCGAUGCAUUGAAGCGUGGUUUGCCGUUUCCCAUCUUAACUGUGGCUGAGUACUUUAGUCUUGGCCGUGAAGGUUUUUCGUGGGGUGGUCAAUAUCGUGCUGCUGGCUAUUUUGCCAGCAUAAUGCUGUGGGCUUCAUUGGCCUCUUGGCUGCUAAUGAAUUUGUUACUUAUCGCUGUGCCACGGUAUGGUGCAUAUAUGAAGGCAUUAACUGGUGCACUCUUGAUUGGUACGAAUGUGGGUUACUAUUGUCAAUUGCCGAAGAGACCAUUAACAAUUUACAUGGAGGGUGGUCGUUUGGAAUUUCAUUUGGGUUGGUGUUAUUGGCUCUUGCUAGUGGCAGGCAUUUUAUGCUUUAUAGCAGGUGUAUUAAUUUCUAUCAUCGAUUUGGUAUGGCCUCAUACAUUCUCAACCGUCCUAGAGGUCUACUAUGGUACACCCUAUGAUCGUCAUGUUAUUCUUGAGGAGUCUAGUGAUGUGCGUUAUCGCAAACGUACUAGUCGCAGUCUAGAAGAUCCUCCCGGCUUAGGAUCUCGUAUAUUGAGACGUUUAUCUUCGAAGGCACGUGACAAUUCACAUAUGCAACAAAAUCGCGGCAGUUCGGGCAGUAAUAUGCCUGUACACAUGGCUGGCCAUGUACAUACACACCCCCACAUGAAUGCCGGCGUUGAGAAUAAGGCAUUCCAAAGUGAUGUACCCAAGAGUCCUUGGCGUUAUCCCUUCCGUCGUGCUCAACAGAUUCAGGCUCAUCCUAUGCAUAUGCAAAGAACUUUGUCACAAGAUUCAGGUUCAUCGAUGGGUUCGGCGGCCAUACAAAUAUCACCAUUGCACAAACAUGCCUUGUCGAGAAUGUUACCAAAUCCUCCUAUUAAUCGCAUAAGAGACAUGGAUCACUGGUGAUGAUCUUCAACUACAACAACAAAUACUUGAUUUCAGAAAGAGAAAAUUUGAGAACUUGCUAAUGUUUUUAUAAAUCAUUUGCUCGUUUUCUUACAUUUCUCUUUCUCUCACAAAGCAAUUUAUUUUUAAUUUAAUUAUUUAACGGACGUAACUUAUUUGUGAUAAAUUUUAUUAUUUUUAUAAACA